AUGUCUGGAGUCACGAAAGACCUGGGAGCAAAAUGGAGAGAAGAAUGGGCCGAUGCUCAGAGGGUCAAGGGGCCCAGCGUGAAGAACAGCUCCGUAUUCUAUCGAAACAUUGAGGAGGAGCUGGAUCUCUCACGUAAAAGCGGGUUGAGCUUUCCGAUCCAUCUCCCCAGUCACGAUACGGAUAUCUCCAGUUGCGAUAUUCUCGGAAUGGGCCAUAGUGGCGCUCUCAGGGAGGAGUUCUUGAAAGAACUUGAGGCUAACCCAAAUUUCUAUAUGGGUGCAUGUGGAUCGCGACUCUUGGACGGAACAACAGAGUACCAUGUCGCGUUCGAAAAGGAGGUGGCACAGCUCGUGGGCUACGAGUCCGGGCUUGUGGUCCACUCCGGAUAUACCGCCAACCAGGCCAUUUUCUCCACCGUCCCACGAUCUGGCGACGUGAUUGUGUACGACGAGUUGAUGCACGCUACAGCCCUUACGGGCAUGAAAGUCAGCUUAGCAUUGGAUCAGAGGCCCUUCCGCCAUAAUGACGUGGACCAUUUCAUCGAAACCAUGGAAGCCGUCAAAGAAUCGGUACCUCUAGUCAAAGCGGGAAAGCGAUGCGUUAUCGUUGCUGUCGAGAGCUACUACAGUAUGGAUGGCGAUAUAUGCCCUCUCAAAGAGCUCAUCGACGCCGCUAAGGAGAUCUUUCCCCAUGGUAACGCUCAGUUCAUCGUCGAUGAAGCCCACAGUUUCGGUGUCUGCGGCCCCGAGGGUGCUGGCUUCGUCAAACAACAAGGUCUCGUCGAAGAGGUCGCUAUCGUUAUGGGCACCUUUACCAAGGCACUUGCUGGUGUUCGCGAUUAUCUGCACGAUCUCACCGUGUUCUACUUGGAUACACUCACCUCGCAUCCAUUAUACAAGAAGGCCUACAAAAAGGGCAUCCUCCAUAUGCCAGUGCAUGAGGAUGGCGCAUGGCAUGAAACACCUAUCACCCACAUUUUACCUCUCUGGACGCGCCGUCCAAGGCACGCGCUUUAUCUUUCCUUCCAUCUCACGAAGGACGGCUUCAAUGGAUGCGGCGUUGUAUUUCCGAUUGUUGGCAAGGGAGAAGACCGAGUGCGGCUGGCUUUGCACGGCCAUAACACCAAAGACGAUGUGGUGAGGCUGGUCGGGUCUAUUACUGCCUGGAUUCAAGAGAUGCUGGACAUUGAGGCAAGCGGUGAUAAGACCAAACUUCCGACUGCAGCCCGCCUUGCAUUCGAUCUCCUCGAGAAAGACAAGAUGACCACCGACAGCACCAAUGGUGUCAAUGGUACCAAUGGUGUCAACGGCGCCAAUGGUAACAACGGUGUCAAUGGUACCAACGGUGUCAAUGGUACCAACGGCCUCAAUGGUGCUAACGGCGUCUCGAAUGUCAUCAAUGCUGGCAAGAUUGCUCCGUUGAUCAGUGGCAUCAAUCGUUUGGAGAUCCCCCCUAUAGUUGUCUAG